GCGUUACCCUUUCUCGGGCCGCUGCCGCGCACCUCCUCUCUAUUUUGCCUCGUGUCUACAGAAGGCAUCACACCGGCUUAGAAAGGUAAAGAUCCUGUGCUUGACCAGCGCAGUGAAUCCAUUAUCGUUUUGUUUACCAAUAGCUCUAUAUUUACUGCGCGAGCAGAUGCCAGUGACGUUCGAAGCCCCGUCGUCCAUAAACACGUAGCAACAGUGUAAAAAUUCAAACAAAUUUGAAGUCGAAAUAAGUCCUGUAAGCUCUGUCAUAGCUGACAUGAUUCUCAAUGUCGACACAAGUUACAGACCGGUUACCCACUGUAUCUUCGAUAUGGACGGCCUUUUGUUGGACACGGAGAAUAUCUAUUUUGAAUGUUUUGACGAGGUACUUAAGGGGUUCGGACAUCGCUACAACCACGAAAUGGCCAACCGCUUACGAGGAACAUCGCGAGCUGUUAGCAGUAAAAUUACAGUUGAGCAUUAUCAGCUGCCGAUUACUGCUGAUGAGUUUCUCCAAAAACUGGAUGCGCUUCUUCCUUCGAGAAUAGGUAACUGUCAACUUAUGCCAGGUGCCGACAGACUGGUUCGCCAUCUGCACAAGCAUAAAGUUCCGAUAGCCAUAGCUACUGGCAGUUCACUUGAGUAUGUUAAAAUAAAAACAAGGAAUCAUCAAGAGUUCAUUAAGCUUUUUCUUCAUCUCGUGAGUGGAAGCGACGACCCUGAAGUUAAGCAAGGAAAGCCGGCUCCCGAUGUCUUCUUGGUGUGCGCCAGGCGUUUUUCGCCCCCCAUCGAAGGACCCGAAGCUUGUGGCCAAGUGUUGGUGUUUGAAGACGCUCCAAAUGGCGUUCGCGCCGCGUUAGCGGCAAACAUGCAGGUUGUCAUGGUUCCGGAUCCUAAAGCUAUCACACCCGAACAGAGAAAAGAACCUACGAUUUGCAUUAACUCAUUGGAAAACUUCCGACCAGAGCUAUUUGGUCUGCCACCGUUCAGUGACUAAAUUCUGAAUGCAUAUUUGCUACCGCGCAGUACAUUGAAAAAUAAAUGAGAUUUUUUA